UGAGAGACAGAGGAGAUGUCCCCGCAGCACCUUGGGACAGGUGUAGUGCUGGCAGCCAGCCCGGAGGGGCCAGGGGAGCACGCCGAGGCUGCCCCAGAGCCCCCUCUGUCCGGGCAGGGGGAUCCGUGUGGGGUACACCCCUGACGUGCUGACGGAUGCCACGGCGGAGCUCUCGGUGGCCCUGCUGCUCUCGGCGUGCCGACGGCUGCUGGAGGCGGCCCAGCAGGUCAAGAGUGGCGGCUGGACGACCUGGAAGCCCCUGUGGAUGUGUGGAUAUGGCCUGUCUGACAGCACGGUGGGCAUCAUCGGGCUGGGCAGGAUAGUCCCACUCGUGAGGCUGGCCGAGGAGUCGGACUUCGUGGUGGUGACCUGUGCCCUGACACCAGCCACCCAGGGAAUGUGCAACAAGGACUUCUUCAGCAGGAUGAAGAAAACUUCUGUGUUUGUCAACACAAGCAGGGGGGCCGUGGUGAACCAGGAGGACCUGUAUGAUGCACUGGCCCAGGGCCAGAUCGCAGCUGCCGGCCUGGAUGUUACCACGCCAGAGCCACUGCCCACUGACCACCCUCUGCUCUCCCUCGAGAACUGUGGAAAGCUUCCCAGAUGGCUAAAGUGGGUUGCCGAGUCUGCCCAGAGGAGUCUCGGGCUCUGGAGUGCUGCCGACUGGCCAACCUGCCAAGCUGGCCAACCUGCUGAGCCACCACCAGCCCAGGCAGCUGUUACCUGCAUAGUGCGGAGCAGGUGGGAAGGGCAGGUGCAGGACUGACACCUGUCUUCUCUGGAGGAGGAUGAGUCAGGUGAGGAAGGAUAGCUAAGAAGGGGCUUGCUUGGCUGCUGUUGUGCAGGAUGUCCUCUUUCCAGGAAGGACAUUCCUGGAGUAGGGAAUGUCUAUUCCAAAAAGAAACCAUGGGGACAUUCAUGAAAACUUGGAACUGCCCUUGACUGAGUGUCUGUUUAUGAAAUAUGAAUCCGUAGCUGGUUUUUUUCGUUUAUCUUUUUGCUAAAACUCAUUUUUUAUUUGUUUCCUUUGGUUGCCAAAGUAGACAGCAUGGGGAGGGAUGGAAACAGAGACUUUUCUGGAAAAAUUUGCAGGACUUGGGAGAUUUGAGAGCUCUGGAACAACACCAAGCAGGACAAAAUU